UAUGCCGUUUUGGUACACACCCCAACCCCACGCAUAUAUACCUAAUUUGUGCUGGAAGAUAACCCAGUAAGUAUGCAUUGCCCUUGCAAGAUGCACAUUCAGAAUGGGACAGCGAAUUACUGCUCCUUAGUAUUUUGGAGGUCUGACGCCAAGUGAAAGGCAGUCUUUAGGAGAUUAACAAACAAAUUGGCAAUGAAGUUUAAGGUAUGUUCUAGUUUAAUUGGCUAUAUAAGAUUGCUGGUUCUGGGCUAUCGUGUUAAAAACUAAUCUCUGCUUACUCGGAGCAAGUUUUAACCGACAUUUUAAGAUGGACCCUGUCUUGCUUCUCAUGCUUUCCAGCCUCAUGCAAAUGCAAAACAACAUUCAAUCCUCCUCCUCUUUCUCCAUGACUGACGACAAUGCCCCUCUCUUUUUCUUCAUGGUGGCAACUGCUCUCUCGCAUGCCGCUGCAAUCUAUACCGCCACCACAGACCCAGACAAUGAUGACGACAAGGGUAACUGUGAAAACCAUUCACCUCCUCCUAACGCCAGCAUAUCUGUGUACCACAAUCUGUUUCAGGAGCAGGCGUGGGCAAUGGACCCUCAAGUCAGAGAUACUCAAUGGAGGAGCACGUAUGGCGUCUCAUACCCAAUAUUUGCCCGCCUUCUCGAUCAGCUCAGGUACCACAUUGACCCUCAAUCGAUACGUAUACCUCUUCAUUCUGCCCUUGCAAUGGUCCUCUGCAGGCUCUCGCAGGGAUGUGGCACAAGAACCUUGGCCUCCCAAUACAAGGUCAAUCCAUUUAUGGUAGCCAAAAUUACAAACAUGGUCACAAGAAUUCUUUCUACCAAGCUCUAUUCUAAAUGGAUCAGAAUGCCAAAUGGGCAGAGGAUGCUCCAGAAUAUUCAGGGGUUUAAGGAUCUUACAGGCCUACCGAACAUGUGUGGCGCUAUAGAUGGCAGCCAUAUCAAAAUCCAUAAGAGGCCUAAUAAUGAAUCUAUCUACAAAUGCAGACAUAAUUUCUAUGCAAUCCUGCUCCAGGCAGUUUCGGAUCAUAGAAAAAUAUUCUGGGAUGUCUGUGUUAGGGCCCCUGGGGGUACUGAUGAUUCAACCCACUUCAGGGAGAGUUCUCUUUUUAAUAAACUGAUUUCAGGGAAUGUUCUGAUGGAAUCCGUGAUUACAAUUCGGGGCAAUCACAUUAGGCCGUACCUAGUUGGGGACUGGUCUUACCCGUUGCUUUCAUUUUUGUUAACCCCCUUUUCACUCAAUGCAUCUGGUGCCCAUGUCCAGAAUGUGUUCGAUGCAGCCUUGAUGAGGGGGAUGUCAAGUGUAGAACAGGCUAUAGGAUUGCUCAAGGGCCGAUGGAGAAUUUUGCAGGAUUUGAAUGUAGAUUUGAGUCAUGCACCUCAGACCGUUGUUGCAUGUUGUGUGCUCCACAAUAUGUGUCAGAAGGCUGGAGAACCAGAGCCACCCAUGUGGAUGGAUCCCAGGGAAAAUGGGCCUGUUGCCAGGCCACUUGAGAGUGAGAAGUCUUUUCAUUAUUUUGGAGAGAGUUUGAGACAGGCUCUGCUUGAGGAUCUUCAGGAAAGGCAUCAAAGAUUUAUGCUGGCGAUUACCAAGUCAACAUUUAUAGCUUAUUAAAGCAGAAGUAGCAGAUAAGAAGUUACUAAUUUUGUAGGAAAUGAUGUGCAAGGAUAAUUUAUAAAGCAGCUAUCCAUUCUUGUGUUUUGUAAAACAAAAUUAAGGACUUCCUCACUAGGUGAGAAUCCUGCUUAUCUGAGAUACAUAUGUGCUUUUUGGAAGAAGGUUGAAUAUGCAUCUUUUGAAAAUGGUCAGUAUGGGACUUCACUUUGGCUAAAAAAUGGAUUUUGACCUCACU